AUGGAGACCUUGAGAACAAGUUCUCGGGUCCUCUGUCUAGUACUUGCAAUGACAAUUGUUGGGUUUAGAUGUGACGACCUGAAAAAUGUCAAUGCUCCUAGUCCUAGUCAAGACAAUGCUACUUUUGUAACAUUCCCUAGUGAAGUUGUAAAUGAUGAAGUAAAAGGAAAACACAACAAUAAUAAAGUCCACGUCAUGAGUACUUGGUAUUAUGGAGGAGGAGGAGGUGGCGGUGGAGGAGGGGGUGGGGGUGGUUAUGGAUGGGGAUGGGGUGGUGGAGGUGGAGGUGGAGGUGGAGGGGGAGGAGGAGGAGGAGGUGGUGGAUGGGGAGGUGGAGGUGGUGGUGGAGGAGGAGGAGGUGGUGGAGGUUGGUGGAAAAGGGGGUGUAGGGGAUAUGGUAAAAGGAAGGGAGGGGGGAGUGGACAUGAUUAUAAGCCAUUUAGGAAAGGGGUGUUUGAGAAUGAAGAGGAGUAUAGGGUGGGGGAAUAUGCACAAUGCAUGGCAAGAACCCGAUGCCGGGGCAUAAGGUUGGAUUGUCCUCUUCAUUGUGGUGGACCUUGUUACUAUGAUUGUCACCAUAUGUGUAAGGCUCAUUGUCGACGACCAUGAAAUCUAUGUUUAAACCAAUUCUUCAAUUCAUUUUUUUUCCUUAUAAUCUCACUCUCUUUUAAAUUUCCAUUUUGGACUGUUUUGCUUCUUUAGGUACCGAUGUUUAUAUGUUCACACUGAAUUUAUAUGUGACUUGUGUACUAAAUACUAAACCAUUAUGUGUAUUUUAUAUGUGAUUUGUGUUUUUUACAAAUGCUUUUAAUAGAAAUAAAUUGAAGUUUGUAGUGAU